CUGCAGGUCUCUGUGUGAUAUGAUAAAGCCACUAGUCUGUACUGCAGGUCUCUGUGUGAUAUGAUAAAGCCACUAGCCUGUAAGAUUUCAAGUCAUUUAAACGAAUGGAAUAUAGGACAUAAAUAAAUAUUUACAAUUAUCUUACCUUGUCAUAACCAAGAAGCUAAUAACCUAUUAGCAUACUCAAAUGUUUUUGUUUUUGAUGUUAAACUUACAACUUAUGUUGUCUCUCUGUCUCUCAGGGGGAGGACACUGACUGUCUGAUAUCAUGGAUCAGACUCCUCAGUCUCUCGCUCCAGUCCAGCAUUCUGGUCCUUCGUCCUCCAUUACGUCUCAACCUGCCCCUACUCCGUCCUCCAUCAUGGCUCAACCUGCUCAUCCACCGUCCUCCAUUAUGGCUCAGGGUGGUUCUGUUGUCGCUGCACCCCAACUUGUUGGCUGCAGUGUUGCAGGUUCAGUUUAUCAAAACAUCAGCGUUUCUAUGCCUUCGCACGGUGCUGAUGAAGAUCUGCCAAAAAUCAAGGACAAACACAAGUCCAACAUGAAGAAGAAGUUUGGGAGCAUCUUUGAGGGGCUUGGAAAACGGGGAAACCCAACAUUACUUGACAAGAUCUACACAGAACUCUACAUCACAGCUGGAGAGAGUGAAGGGGUUAAUAAGGAGCAUGAGGUUUGGCAGAUUGAAGAUACUGCUCGGACCGAAGCAUUUCAAGACGAUGCAAUCAACUGCAAUGACAUUUUUAGACCUUUAGACCCAAAGACAAAGGAACAUAAUGACAAAUCCCAAUGCAAACAAGAGGUACCCAUCAGAACUGUGCUGACAAAGGGCAUCGCUGGCAUCGGAAAAACAGUCUCAGUGCAGAAGUUCAUCCUUGACUGGGCAGAAGGAAUAGCCAAUCAGGAUGUAGAUUUUGUCUUCACACUUCCAUUUAGGGACUUGAAUUUGAUCAAAGACGACUGCAAUCUCUUGAAACUCCUGAGUGACUUCCACCCUGAACUAACAGAUAUGCAGGACGCAAAGAAGGUGGUCGACGGUAAAGUUGUAUUCAUCUUCGAUGGCCUCGAUGAAAGCCAACUUCCACUGUGUUUCCAUAACAACAAGAGGUUGUCUAAUGUAACCGAGAAAACAUCAGUGGACGUGCUGCUGACAAACCUCAUCAAGGGGAAUCUGCUUCCUGAAGCUCUCCUCUGGAUAACCUCCCGACCAGCAGCAGUUGAUAAGAUACCCUCUGACUGUUUUGACCGUGUCACUGAAGUUCGAGGAUUCAACGACCCACAGAAGGAAGAAUACUUCAAGAAGAGAUUCAGUGAUGAUGAGAACAUGGCCAGCAAAAUCAUCUCCCACAUAAAGACAUCAAGGAGCCUCCACAUCAUGUGCCACAUACCGGUCUUCUGUUGGAUUACUGCCAAGGUUUUCGGGGACAUGUUGAGCGAAAAUGACCAUGGAAAAGUCCCUCUAACUGAGAUGUACAUUCGCUUCCUACUCACUCUGACAAACAUGAAGAACAAGAAGUACCAUGGGGAAAACCAACCAGAUCCUCGUAAUCUGUCAGAGUCUGACGUACAGAUCAUUCUGAAGCUUGGAAAGCUUGCCUUCCAAAACCUGGAAAAGAGCAAUCGGGUGUUUUCUGAAGACUAUUUGAGAGAGUGUGGCAUUGAUGUCAACGAAGCCUUCUUGCUCUCAGGGAUGUGCACAGAGAUCUUCAGAGAGGAGGACCCUAUGUUUCAAGCAAAGAUGUACAGCUUUGUGCAUCUCACAAUUCAAGAGUUCUUUGCAGCACUCUAUGUUGCUUACUCAUAUGCCAGUGAAAAUGUCAGCCCAUUUCGUUUCAGAGACUACCAAGAGCUACCAAGAAAAAAUGACAGUGAUUCCGGGGACACAUAUUUUGGAGACAGGGAUGAUGACUGCAGAGAUGAUGACUGCAUGGAUGAUGACUGCAGGGAUGAUGACUGCAGGGAUGAUGACUGCAGGGAUGAUAACUGCAGGGAUGAUGACCGCAGGGAUGAUGACGGCAGGGAUGAUGACUACAGGGAUGAUGACUACAGGGAUGAUGACUGCAGGGAUGAUGACUGCAGGGAUGAUGACGGCAGGGAUGAUGACUGCAGGGAUGAUGACUGCAGGGAUGAUGGCUACAGGGAUGAUGGCUACAGGGAUGAUGACUACAGGGAUGAUGACUGCAGGGAUGAUGACUGCAGGGAUGAUGACUACUGGGAUGAUGACGGCAGGGAGGAUGACUGCAGGGAGAAUGACUGCAGGGAUGAUGACGGCAGGGAUGAUGACGGCAGGGAUGAUGACGGCAGGGAUGAUGACUGCAGGGAUGAUGGCGACAGUGAUGAGGGCUACAGGGAUGAUAGCUGGAGCGAGGAUGAAGACUACAGACCACAACACAGAGGUUCUCAGCAGCUACAGAAAACACUGCAUGACUUGCAGAGGAGUGCGGUGGAUGAAUCUUUGAGCAGCAAGACCGGUCACCUAGACCUCUUCCUCCGCUUCCUUCUGGGCAUCUCACUGGAGUCCAAUCAGAUCCUCUUGAAAAGCCUAAACCUCCAGACAAAGGGAGACGCAGAAAGCAUCCAGAAGACCAUCCAGUACAUCAAGGAUAGACUUUCAGACAAAAAACAAAGACAAUAUCCCUCCCCAGAGAGGUGCAUCAAUCUCUUUCUCUGUUUGAUUGAGUUGAACGAUCCCUUGUUUGUGAAUUAAAUGAACCUCUUAAUAAAUGGA